CCGAAACAAAUAAUUUGUCUCGCCCCACGUUAAGCCUAUGUCCACCAUCUCUAGCAUUAUGCUUAUCAACAAGUUUAAUGUCAAGGAUGUUGGUGUCCUGCGCGAGGAAGUGGUAGAUUUUGGAAUGGAAGAGAACAUGAAAGGAAAUGUAAAGCAGCUGAAUGGUAAAGGAGAAUUCAGUUGGGAGACAAACCAUUGGACUCUAAUUCAACAAGAUGUAAUUACUAGUCAAAGGAAAUUAAUGAGAGCACAUGAGCAAUGUAGCAGAGGUCUUUCUCUCUAUUGUGCCGUACUACUAAAGCGCUGCAUGAAUGCCUCCGAUGACCCUAGUGCUGUCUGUCUAAAUUGUAGCUGCUAUAUGUCAAGAAAGUCGAAUUAUGUUGCUCUGCCGGUAGUGAAGGGAGCAGGGGCUGCCAAAGGGGGUUUUGUAAAGGAGGCGAUGAAAUACGUGGUGAUGGAUGACUUGGUCGUUAAGCCCGUCUCUGUCGUAUCUAGCAUUACUGGUCUUAACAAGUACUUCAAUGUCACGGAUGUUGCCGCUCUUGACGAAGAAGUUGUACAUUUCGGAAAGGAAGAGGCGUUGAAGUUGCUGAAAUCAUCUUUUGAGUCGAAAGCAGUUCUGACAAGUGUUUUCCUAAGCCCCGUAAAAACAGAGAAAUAGCUAGUCCUUGGACAUAUUAAUGGAAUUGGAUGUUUCAGCUUAUUAGGUUGCCUUUUAAUGGUUUUCUUUUGUUUCAUUUCCCGCAAUCGAUGAUUAUGGAUUUUAGGUUCAGUUAUGAUAACAUGAUCUUACUUUAUCUGGUUUGAAAUUGUUUUUGGUAUGUUGGCUUUGCAAUUUUAAUGUAUGAGAAAGCUUACCCGUGCAAAUUAUUAA